AUGCAGCAAAAGCAGAGAUCUGCGCUCUCCCCACUUCCUGAUAUCACCCGUGGUCUUUCCGCACCACUGCCUCCUGCACGCCGUCCUACUCCACCAAUUUCCGCUCCAGAAUUCCUCAUAAUUGGUCUUUUUGCGCUACGUUUCACAGAACGUCUGAUUGUGAGCCUCGACUACUAUCCAGGUCGCGAUGCCGAUAUCAUCUGGCUUGUCAACUUCCUUGCGCCUUACCCCAACGACUAUAAACUAGCGAAGAUCUCAGGCAGUCAUAGAGAUGACUAUCUUGCGAUGUAUCAGAACAUAGUUUCACGCAUGAAGAGGCAACCAAAGUACCCCGUGCGCUUCAUGCAGAUGAACCCGGAUCCAUCGAUGCAGCAGGCACGGCAAGGGCGCGAGAUGGAACGGCCGAGGGAGAUGACUGAUGCAGAAAGAUCGGACAUCGUUGACUUCUGCGAUGCGGCAGCCGAAUGGGGAUCCAUGCUUCCAAUUCCAGUGCAUGAAGCGGAGAAGAUGGUCGAAUUGGCUGACCGGAGGAGGAUCGCAGAUGUCGACAAACCUUAUCGGCAGCAAUUGCGCUAUAGCAAUCGGGAAGAGUUGCACGGUCAAAGACAGCCACGUUUCAACGACAGGGACGAGUUGCAAGAUCAGAGGCAAUCGCAAUUCGCGCUGAAUGCCUUGCCACGCGAUAUGGGAAGGCCAGUCCAUGAACCAAGGCAACCAGAACGCGAGGAUAGGUAUCAACCACAUAACGCUGGAACGUGGCGUGGCGACGAGUGCCUCAUUGCAGAAGAAGGGCAGCUUGCGGAAUACAGGCGACGGAGACGUUAUGUGUCGUUUGCGGAUGAAGAAUCAUAUUUUGACGUAAGAGGCAUGCGCCGGUGA